AUGUUUUACUUAGCAUGUGCUGGAGCAAAAGUCUAUCUUAUGGGAAGAGAUGAAGCAAAAUUGCAGGGUGUAUUGCAAAAUAUAAAUUAUGAAUUACAAGAAAAAAAAUCUAAUGGAUCUUUAGAAGGUGUUAUUUGUGAUAUAAAUAGUCUAUCAAGUAUUAAAAAAAUUGCACAAAAAUUUAGAGAAGAAAAUAAACCAUUGAAUGUAUUAAUAUUAAAGACUGGAUUGAUGAAUUUUAAUUAUGAUAAAACUAUUGAUGGAUUAGAGCUAAUUAUAGGUGUUAAUCAUAUUGAUUUACAAACUGGUCCACCGUUAAAUUAUAAAAUGUUAGAUGAUUGGAAUAGCGAUAAAAAAGAUGCGAAAAAAGGUUGGAGUAUGAUGAGUGGAUAUCAGCAAAGUCAAUUGGCAAAUGUAUUAUUUGCUCGUGCAUUGACAUCUACGUAUGGAAAUAAACAAAUCACGGCUUAUUCUGUACAUUAUAGUAUUAUCAAAACAAACUUAGGUGCAGAUAUACUAUUAAUUAAUGGCUACAAAUUAAAUGUAAAGAAUUUAGAAUAUCAGUAUUUUAUUGAAUGUUCAGUAACUAUUAUGUUUGGUCAGUUAAAUAAUUAUUUGAUCAGUAAAACAGAAUGGCUGACAUCACAUAAUGGAUGGUGUGAAGUCGUUCGGCAUUUAAUAUCAAGUACCAAUAAUACUUUAGAAGCGACAAACAGAGUUAUUAAAGAUGAAAAUACAUUGGGAGAAUGCCUGCCAUUAUCAAGAUUAAAAGUAUUAGCAUUCGAAAUUGUGGGAAAAUGGUCAAAAUCGUACGAAAGAGGUUUAAAGAAGUACAUAAUAAGCAAGCAAUUUCAUUGGAUUUAUGGACCAGCCGGAUAUCAAUGGGUGAAAUUAAACAAAUCAGUACUUUCGAUCGAGCAUGAUAACGAUAUUGAAGUUAUAUUUACACAAGAAUGUAAAACAAAACAAUGA